CUCUGCUCAACGCGCAUGUCAGCGUCUGUCCGGCGCAUGUUGAUGACGCUGGAGCGCCAUGGCGGUGUUGUUGGAAACAACGUUAGGGGAUAUCGUGAUCGAUUUAUACACAGAAGAGAGACCGAAAGCUUCGCUGAACUUCCUGAAACUGUGCAAAAUCAAAUAUUACAACUACUCUCUGAUUCACAAUGUUCAGAGAGAUUUCAUCAUUCAGACGGGUGACCCCACCGGCACGGGCCGAGGCGGAGAGUCUGUUUUCUGUAAACUGUACGGCGAUCAGGCACGCUUUUUUGAAUCUGAGAAGAUGCCUAGGAUCAAGCAUAGAAAGAAAGGAACGGUGUCUAUGGUGAACAACGGCAGCGACCAGCAUGGAUCUCAGUUUCUGUUUACCACGGGAGAGAAUCUGGAUUAUCUGGAUGGCGUUCACACUGUGUUUGGAGAGGUCACGGAGGGGAUGGACGUGCUUGCUAAAAUCAAUGAGACCUUUGUAGACAACGACUUCAUCCCCUACCAGGACAUCAGGAUCAAUCACACAGUGAUUCUGGAUGAUCCGUUUGAUGAUCCUGCAGGGCUCCCGGUUCCUGACAGAUCGCCUGAACCCACGAAAGAGCAGCUGGACAGCGGUCGUAUUGGAGCAGAUGAGGUGAUAAAUGAUGACGAGGGAAAGGAUGCAGAGCAGCUGGACGAACUCAUAAAAGACAAGGAAGCAAAGACGCAAGCCAUUUUACUGGAGAUGGUGGGUGAUCUGCCGGAUGCGGAUAUCAAACCUCCAGAGAACGUGCUGUUUGUGUGUAAACUGAACCCCGUGACCACAGAUGAAGAUCUCGAGAUCAUCUUCUCACGUUUUGGCCUCAUUAAAUGUUGUGAGAUCAUCAGAGACUGGAAAACGGGAGAAUCUCUGUGCUACGCGUUUAUCGAGUUUGAAAAGGUGGAGGACUGUGAAAAAGCAUACUUCAAAAUGGACAACGUCCUGAUAGAUGACCGUCGCAUUCACGUGGACUUCAGCCAGUCGGUGUCUAAGAUCAAGUGGAAGGGCAAAGGUGGGAAAUACACUAAAGAUGAUUUUAAGGCCUACGAGAAGGAUCUGGACAGCAGAUCCAAACUGGCUUUGAAAGACAAUGUCAGGACCAAGCAGGACUCCCGUUAUGAGCUCCUCUUAGAUCAAGAUGAGGAUGAGAGAAGGAAGGACGACAGAGAGAAAAGAGACAGGAAGCGUCAUUCGGAUGACAAGCCCAAGGACAAAAAAUCGAAGCACCAUCAGAACAUGCAUCUCAACUUGGUCGUGAACCUUUUUAGGAUCGCGACGAGAGUCGGAGGGAAAAGGACAAAGGCAGGCAGCGUUCACGUUCAAGAGACCGAGAGAGAUACAAGGAGCGUGAGAGAGGCUGGGACAAGGACAAACACCGAGGCAGAGAGCGAGAACGCCACCGACGAGAUCGCAGUCGAAGCCCGAAGAGAUCCAAGCAUUACAGCUGACCUCCUGAGAACCUCCUGAUUGCAGCCAUGAACUAUGAAAAAAAGAACACAACUUUAUUUUUGUACAUUAAAGGAAAAAUCUGUCGUUUUACUGAUGAAGUUGUUAAGGUGUAGAUGUAAUGGACUGACAGCAGCUCUUUCACUUCUCUAAAACUAAAACCUCUGUUCGUUUUUGUGGUUUUCAGAGCUUUACUCUGGCACUUCGGUGCAUUCAGCAAGUCAAAGGAAAAAUAAAGAAAUUCUUUUUUCAUCGAA